CUCUCUUCCGGUCUUCAGCUCUCUCUUCUGUCCAGCUGCACGAAAACGGCAUCGUCCCCACUCUCUUCAUCAUCUCUCACUCACACUCUGAAACCCUAGCCACUCCAACGAUUUUCGAAAAACCCUAGUCUCUGGUCUCUGAUUUUUGUUUAGAAGUAUGCAUUUCAGAUUAAUAGCUUGACAUUGGUUCUGUUGGUUUUGUAAAGCGUAUUGAAAUCCCAAGUAAAAGAAACCAAAUGAAGCGACAUUCCAGUUACGAUGAUCCUUUCAAGACCCAAAACAAUUCAAAUUUCCCGUUGUAUCGAUCUCUCACAUUAUCAACAAUACAAAACUCAAGCCAAAACCAACAACAACAAAAAGUUUCAAUCUUUUACACGAAGGCGAAACAGACCUACUCCAUUUUUAACCAGUUUGAAAGAAGUAAAAGACCCAGAUAAGGCAUUGUCUCUCUUUCAUGAAUAUCAGAAAAUGGGCUAUAAACAUGAUUAUCCUUCAUAUUCUGCUCUUAUAUAUAAGCUUGCUCGUUCUCGGGAUUUUACGGCUGUGGAGAAAGUUCUUGGAUAUGUACGGAAUAAGAACAUUCGAUGCGGAGAAACACUUUUUAUUGCUUUGAUUCAGCACUUGGGAAAAGUUCAGUUGAUUGAUAAAGCCAUUGAGCUUUUUGAUACAAUGACUGGUUUUAACUGUGUCCGAACAUCUCAAUCUUUUAAUGCGUUGCUUAACGUUCUUGUUGAUAAUGGCAGGUUACUUGAUGCAAAUGAGUUAUUUCGUAGGUGUUAUAAAAUGGGUUUUCGUUUGAAUUCUGUUCCAUUUAAUAUAAUGAUUAAAGGUUGGCUUGAGAAAGGUGACUGUGUUCAAGCUUACCAGGUGUUUGAGGAAAUGCUUGAAAGAAAAGUGGAACCUAGUGUAGUGACUUAUAAUAGUCUUAUAGGGUAUUUUUGUAGAAACGGUGAGUUUUAUAAAGGGAAGGAUUUGUUUGAGGAUAUGAUUAAGAAAGGGAAAUACCCGAAUGCAAUAACUUAUGCUUUGUUAAUGGAAGGUUUGUGCUCUACGGGUGAGUAUAGAGAGGCUAAAAAGAUGUUGUUUGAUAUGGAAUAUAGAGGAUGUAAACCAAGACUUGUAAAUUUUGGUGUUUUGAUGAGUGAUCUUGGAAAAAGAGGGAGGAUAGAGGAGGCAAAAGCUUUGCUUCUUGAAAUGAAGAAGAGGAGAUUUAAGCCUGACGUUGUAACUUACAAUAUAUUGAUAAAUUAUCUUUGCAAAGAGGGUAGGGCAGCAGAGGCUUAUAAAGUCUUCUUUGAAAUGCAAAUUGGAGGUUGUGAGGCUAAUGCAGCUACUUAUAGAAUGUUAGUUGAUGGGUUUUGCCAGGUUAGGGAUUUUGAGGGAGGUUUGAAGGUUCUUAAUGCAAUGAUGACGAAUAGACAUUUUCCGCGCGUUGAAACGUUUAAUUGUUUGGUUGUCGGGCUUGUAAAGUCUGGAAAUAUCGCUGGUGCUUGCUUUGUCUUGGAGGAAAUGGAGAAAAGAAAUAUGAGAUUAGAUUCUGGUAGUUGGGAAGUUCUUGUUAGGCAUUCUUGUGAAGAACAUGGAGGUGCAGGUGAACUUGUAAAUGACCUAAUUGCUAUCAGUCAAGUCUCGUCAAUGUGGGAGGAGGAUAAAUAACUUUGUGAGAUCUGUUACCUUUUCUAACUGCAGUAGGUUCACUAUGAUUCAUUGCUUGAAUUUGAUACUCGAUUGAGUUUGUGCACUUGACGGUAGGGGAAACUAUGAAAGAUUGCUUCAGUUGCUACAUAUAACAGUUGCCUUGUGUAUAGUUGGAUGCAUAUGUUUGGAUACGAGAAGAAGGUUUGCCCUUUCUUUUGGGAGGAUGUGCAAGCAAGCUUGCAUUACCUCACGGAUUGGAUCCAUUUUGACAGGAUUGGCCCAGUCAACAUAUGCAUUAGGAAAUAGAGAUGAUAAUUUGAAGGUUUUGUAACUGCUGAUGGCUGUUGGUUAUCAAAGCUCGAGUCUCUAUACAUUGGAAGCAAUUUUGCGGUGAAAUUUUUGAGGGUUAUGUGCCUUUUUGGUUCUGUUUCUAGUAGGAACACAGAUGGCACAUAGAUAUAUCUAACAUGAGGUUGCAAAUGGAUAAAUUACUUGUGUUUUGAAACAAGAUUUGUGGAUGAGAUAAAUGAUAUUGAUGAGAUGUUCUACCUUGUGCUUAAUUGGCUUUUAUUAGAAUUACCUGUAUCAUCUCUGCAGUUGCCUCAAGAUCACAAUGUCCAAUUAGGAAUGCUUGAGCCAUCUCUGCAAUUUCAUGUCUCAAACCAUUCAUCUGAUCUGAUCAAGAAGUAUCAGAGCCAAAAGGAUCAGUUCACAUACUCUACAUCUGGAAAUGUAAUAUUAUAUUUAUUCAUCUAUCAUAUAUAGAUGUAUAUAUACAAUAAAUUUGAAAUAUACUUUUGACAUCUUUUUCUAGUCUCA